AGGUUUAUCCUGAUCACGUGACUUCGGUUUCCAGGUCAAGGUAGCUCUGUAAGAUGACGGCGUUGUCGGUGUAUUUCUGUGGAAGUAUCCGAGGCGGCAGAGAGGACCGAGCUUUAUAUGAGCGCAUCAUCCAGCUACUGCAGCGCUACGGAACGGUGCUGACAGAACAUGUAAGCCGAUCGGAGAUCUCUGAAGCAGGGGAAGAUGCUCAGGAGAUGGGAGAUAAAUUCAUCCACGACAGAGAUGUCUCCUGGCUGCAGCGCGCGGACGUGGUGGUGGCGGAGGUGACGCAGCCAUCGCUCGGCGUUGGCUAUGAGUUGGGUCGAGCAGUGGCCAUGAACAAAAAGAUUCUGUGUCUUUUUCGAGGUUCCAGCGGUCGAGUGCUCUCUGCGAUGAUUCGGGGGGCCGAUAACGAACAUUCAGUACUGGUCAGAGAUUAUGAUCCUGAAGACGUGGAGAGAGUUCUACAGGAAUACUUCACUCUCACCUUCCCCUCACUGUGAUGCCACAAUUACUGAGCUGUGCAAUAAACCGUUUGUUCUCUGCUGA